UAUAUAUAUCUCCCCGAUUAUUAAUUAAAAAUAAAUAAUUGAAAAAUAAACAUCAGUAGGUCCAACAGGUGUGUUUUCGAAUCAUCAUCAUCUGAACGAACGAUUGAUCUAUAAUCGCAUAAUCACUGGUUGAAUUUCACUAAAAUCGACGUAUGGUGGUAUUCUAAAAUUUUAAACUGAUUCCGGGUUUAUGACAGAUUAAGACAAACAGGGUGUCCCUAAUCAAUUUGAAAAUCGUUCUUUACUGUUUCUAUCUCAUGUUUCCACUACACUAUUUACUGGAAGUUUUAGAUGGGAGUUUGUCUAUUGGGACCACAUUGUAAAUUGAAAUCAAGCAAGCCACUACUAGCAAUGGAGCGAACACAAAACAUUGAGUAUGCUGGACACGUGAUUGAUAUAAUCCCAGAUAGACCAGUCAACGGGUCAAAUUUACAACAAAAUGAAAACCCCCCUUCUACUAGUGUUACUGAUCCUGUUUUUCAGCAUAGUUUUUCUACUACAAAUGCUACAAAUACAAGAAAUACACCUUUUGUUAGAAGAGGAAAUGCCCAUGGAACACGUAGGAGUCCUUUAAAUUCUGGCUAUUGGAUAUCUAUAGAAUUACUUAUAACCGUGAGCCAAAUAAUAGCAGCCGUUGUGGUUUUAUCAUUAUCAAGGCAUGAGCAUCCUCACGCUCCAUUAUUUACAUGGGUUAUUGGUUAUGCUUCUGGAUGUGUAGCAACUCUCCCGUUGCUAUUUUGGCGUUUUUAUUUUAGAAACCAAGCAUCAGACCAGGAUGAAUCUCAGUCUCGUCAGGGUUCGACUCCUAACAGCCUUUCAGCUAUAGCUACCUCUUUAACUUCAUCGUCAAAUACAAGAACUUCGGUUGCGGACACUAAUAAUACCACAAGCUCAACAAGACCUACAAUGGGAGCACUGAAUGCAAGAAUUAAAGUGCUGGUUGAGUACUUCAAGAUGGGGUUGGAUUGCUUUUUUGCAGUUUGGUUUGUCGUUGGGAAUGUGUGGAUCUUUGGCGGCCAUUCUUCUGCUUCUGAUGCUCCCAACUUGUAUAGGUUAUGUCUAGUGUUUCUUACUUUCAGCUGUAUCGGGUAUGCAAUGCCAUUCAUCUUGUGCGCGACAAUCUGUUGCUGCCUCCCUUGUAUAAUUUCAGUCUUAGGCUUCAGGGAGGAUCUGCAACAAAAUAGAGGAGCUACUACGGAGUCCAUUAAUUCUCUGCCUACCUACAAGUUUAAAACUAAGAAACAUAAACAUGGAAAUAGUAAAGAGAACCACUCUGGUGCUAGUGAAGGUGGGGUCGUGGCUGUAGGAACAGAGAAAGAGCGUGUUCUAUCCGGAGAAGAUGCGGUGUGUUGCAUUUGUUUGGCUAAGUAUGCAAACAAUGAUGAACUGAAGGAGUUGCCAUGUACUCACUUCUUUCACAAGGAUUGCGUGGACAAGUGGUUGAAGAUUAAUGCUUCAUGUCCACUAUGUAAAGGUGAAGUUGGGGAGAGUCUCUUAAGUUCAGUAAUCGAAUGAACAUCAAUGCCGGUCUGCAAGCGUAACUUGGUGGUUUAGUUUUAGUCAGGGCUUUUCUGUUACACAUAUAUCAUCAGUUUGUCAAUAUACAUAUGCUGCUUUAAAGAGUGUUAUUUUAUAAUGAAGAGAAGGCCCGAUAGAUUUUGAUAA